AUGAGUAGUGGACAAUCUUCAGGUGGGUUUGAGGCUCAUUUCGUCGAGCCUCUCAUAGAUUUAUGGAAAUGUCCCAUCUGCCUUUUGGCAGCACGAGAACCAAAGCUAACCGAAUGUGGUCACCAGUUUUGCACGGAAUGCUUGGGGCCCCUCAUGGGGGGCAACACGCUGUCAUGCCCUGUGUGCAGAAAGAGCCUGAACAAAUCACAAGUCUAUCCAAACAACAUGAUGAAACGUGAGAUUCUGAGUUUGAAAAUUGAAUGCGAUCAAUGCAAGAAAGGCUGUACCUGGCAAGGUGAACUGAGACAGCGUGAAGAACACAACAAGCAAUGUGGCUACGUACCGGAAGCAUGCAGCACUAAUUGUGGACAAUCGGUAAUGAGAAAGGACAUGGACAAUCACAGACGGCAGGUGUGCCGUCGAAGAGUUGUUGUCUGUUCCUACUGUGGUACAGGCUGUACCUGGCAAGGUGAACUGAGACUGCGUGAACAACACAACAAGCAAUGUGGCUAUGUACCGGAAGCAUGCAGCAAUGAUUGUGGACAAUCGGUAAUGAGAAAGGACAUGGACAAUCACAGACGGCAGGUGUGCCGUCGAAGAAUUGUUGUCUGUUCCUACUGUGGUACAGGCUGUACCUGGCAAGGUGAACUGAGACUGCGUGAACAACACAACAAGCAAUGUGGCUACGUACCGGAAGCAUGCAGCAAUAAUUGUGGACAAUCGGUAAUGAGAAAGGACAUGGACAAUCACAGACGGCAGGUGUGCCGUCGAAGAAUUGUUGUCUGUUCCUACUGUGGUACAGGCUGUACCUGGCAAGGUCAACUGAGACUGCGUGAACAACACAACAAGCAAUGUGGCUACGUACCGGAAGCAUGCAGCAAUAAUUGUGGACAAUCGGUAAUGAGAAAGGACAUGGACAAUCACAGACAGCAGGUGUGCCGUCGAAGAAUUGUUGUCUGUUCCUACUGUGGUACAGGCUGUACCUGGAAAGGUGAACUGAGACAGCGUGAACAACACAACAAGCAAUGUGGCUACGUACCGGAAGCAUGCAGCAAUAAUUGUGGACAAUCGGUAAUGAGAAAGGACAUGGACAAUCACAGACGGCAGGUGUGCCGUCGAAGAGUUGUUGUCUGUUCCUACUGUCGUACAUCUCUGGAAUGUAGACUGUUACGUGGUCACUAUGGCACGUGUGACAGUUACCCUGUUGACUGUCCUUAUGAGUGUGGAAUGCAGAUUGCUAGGAAAGAUGUGGAAUUGCACACUAGUGAGGAGGAUGCAUGUUCUAACAAACCUUUAGCGUGUAAGUUUGCAUCUGCUGGGUGCCAAUUUAUUGGGAAUAAAAGGCAUCUGAAAGAUCAUAUGCAGACUAGCACAGUCUAUCAUCAUAGCUUGGCGAUGAAAUCAUUCAUAUGGAAUGCUUUUCUUUUUUAUGUGCUAGCUGCAUUUGUUGCGUUAUGUGUAUUAUUUGAUUAA